GAAAUGUCAACUACCCCUCUUAAAUUUGCCUUAAUUACUGGUGCUAAUUCUGGUAUUGGUUUACAUUUGGCCAAGUCUCUUUUUGCGUCAGGCAACUUUUCUUCGAUUGUAUUGGCCUGUAGAGAUGAGAAAGGGGCGAAUUUGGCUAUUGAAGAAAUUAAAAAAUCUGUCAAGGAUGUGAAGGAAUUGACUACUAAUUUGAAUUAUUUACAGUUAGAUUUGUCUAGCAAAUCUUCAGUUGAACAAUUUGUUAAAAAUUUUUGUGAAGUUUGUCCCAAAAAUUGUCUCAAUUUGCUGGUUAACAAUGCUGGAAUUAUGGGGCAUCCUUACCAGUUGUCACCCGACGGCGUCGAACUUCAUUAUGCUACCAACCAUUUGGGUCAUUUUCUACUCACCAAUUUAUUGCUCAAAUAUCAAAUGUUUGAACGAUUUGCUCGUAUUUUAAUUUUGACCUCUUCUCUAUAUGAAAGGUUUCCUUAUCUCUUAAACGUGGAAGAUUUAAAAUCUCCAACUCCAUUAUAUUCAUUAAAUGAUUAUUAUUCUCUUAGUAAAUAUGCAAAUUUUUUGCACGCAGUUGGUUUAGCUAAACAAUUUAAAGAAGACAGCGUAGAAAUUAAAGUUGUAAGGUUUUAA